AAGCGGGAGCCCAGCGGCUUUCCGGCGAGCGACGGCCCGAUGGCGACGCGCUGCGGCGGCCCCUCGGACGCUCCGCGGGAAUUUGCUUGCCAAAACACCCACAGAAGGAAAAAGAUCUCUGGCCUCCCUGUGACUUGGUUCCUUUUACCUGGUUAUUAAGGAAAUUGCGGUCGUGUAACCGAAGAUGGUCACUGGUGCCAAUAGUUCCAACGUGAGCUUCCCGUGCGACUUCAACGAGCACUUCAAGUACAUCCUGCUGCCAGUGAGCUACAGCCUGGUGUUUGUGUUUGGCCUGGCGCUUAACUGCGGCGUCAUGUACGCCAUCAUGUUCCAGACCCGGCGCUGGAGGGCUGUCACCGUCUACAUGCUCAACUUGACAGUGUGCGACACGCUCUACGUGCUCACGCUACCCUUCCUCAUCUACUACUAUGCCGACGAGAACGACUGGCCGUUCGGGGAGCCGCUCUGCAAGCUGGUACGCUUUCUGUUCUACACCAACCUGUAUGGCAGCAUCCUCUUCCUGUCCUGCAUCAGCCUGCAGCGCUUCCUGGGCGUCUGCCAUCCGGUGCGUUCCCUGGGCUGGGUGGGCAGCCGCAGCGCACGCCGCAUCUCCGCCGCCGUCUGGCUAGCCGUGGUGUCCUUUCAGGCGCCCAUCCUGUACUUCUCUCGCACGAGACAGACGGGCACCGGAUGCGUGUGCCACGACACCACCAGCCGUGAGCUCUUCCCCCACUUCCUUGCGUACAGUGGCGUUGUGUCGAUGUUGCUCUUCUGCGUGCCCUUUGCUGUGGUGGUCGCCUGCUACGGGCUCAUGCUCCACAAGCUGCUGGAGGUGCCGCCGGUCCCGGGCUCGGCGGCGGCACGCUCCAAGCAGAGGUCCGUGAGGACGAUUGCCGUGGUGCUGAUGGCCUUCUUGCUCUGCUUCCUGCCCUUCCAUGUGACACGUAGCGUCUACUACAGCUUCCGCUACCUGGAUCAGGCGGUCGGCUGCGAGCUGCUGGCCGCUUCCAAUGCCGCCUACAAGGCCACGCGGCCACUGGCCAGCGCCAACAGCUGCCUCGACCCCAUCCUUUACUUCAUGGCGGGGCGGGGCUUCCGCUGGAGUGUCACCGGCCAGAGGAAUGUCAGGCAACCGCCUGCGGCAGCUGAGGCUUCUCUCCCCGCUAACAAGGUCUGACUGGCUAAGCUGGAUCUCAGAAGCUGUGCACUCAGGGGGAAAAAGGGACUGGCACUGAUAUACUGACAGGAGGAUCUAGGAGGCCAGUUAUAGAAGAUUUAAAAAGGUACUUAUGAGGCAGCAUACAGGCUAGUUAGCCCUCCAGUUCAUGCUGCCUGAGCUGCAAUCUGCAGUGUGGUUCACUGCAAUCUGCAAGUCAGGCAGAAAGGAGAAGAGGUUUGCGUGGAAUAGAGACUGAAUAUUUCAGGGCCGGAGAACAAAUGUUUGCCUUUCCUUGUUCUAUGUCCUGCUAUCCUCUUUGCGGCCAAGAACAUGUUAGCGUGAGGAAAGUUUUCUUCAAUUUGUUUCUUGUAUAUCCAGCAUUAUUCAUUUUGCUCUAAUAUCUCUAAAACACUGCAGACAAAACAUUUUCCUAAUCGAGUGGGUGUGAAUUCACGAGACGUAAACACGAUGAUUAUUAAAGCA